AUGGUCCGAGGUUUCAUGAUUCAUCAACGGGAAUUCGGAGGCUGGCUUGAGUACACGGUUUCGGCGCGGCCUCCAGUCCUUGAACCUGGGCUCCAGACCAGGGUGAUACCCGAACUUAAUACUGAUCCCAGCAUAUUGAUGGGAGAUGGAAUAAUCGGGGUUGAAUUCUGCGCUCGACUGCAUCCAGCUGCAGAGAACUAUCAGACUCAUUUAAAAUAUUAUUACGGGAUGAUCCUUGAAAUUGCAUGGUAG